AAAAAUAACACUGUUGUUAACUAUAUAUUUAACUUAAACUUCCGACACAUAGAAAUUUUAUUGAUGCAUAUCCCAUAUUACGAGCUAAGGCGCCAACUAAAAAUACCAGGCACGGAAAAUUAGCCACGAAUGGCCAUUAAAGCAUGUUUUUCUGAUUCGAUUUAGUGCUCAUUUCCUUACAGUCGGUCUUAUAGAGAGGUUCCAAAUCGUCCGGAUGGAGGGUGGUAAAACGUAUAUGUUUGACUGGUUCGAGUACCUGGUGUUCAUCCUGAUGCUCGGCAUAUCCGGUGUUAUAGGGUUUUAUUACGGAUUUAUUAAGACGAGCCCGGAAACAGUUUUCAACUACUUAUUCGGAGGGAAAAAGAUGACGACAUUUCCCAUCGCCAUGUCCCUCAUUUCUUCAGUCAUAUCAGGCGUGACACUUUUAGGCGUGCCUACAGAAGUUUACGUCUACGGAACGCAAUACAUGGCCACGGCGAUAUCCGUAGUCGCAAGCGGAUUCAUAACCGCUUACAUAGUGAUACCUAUGUUUUUCAAACUCCAGCUCAAUUCUAUGUACAUGUAUUUUGAGUUACGUUUUAGCCGUAGCGUGAGAACUCUAGUUUCUCUGACGAAUGUUAUCUCCAUGAUAUGCUACAUGCCGGUAGUCAUUUACGCGCCCAGUUUGGCUAUUAACCAGGUUUCAGGUAUAAACGUGCACAUCAUCACGUCUUGUCUCUGUUUAUUUUGUAUCUUUUACACGACUACGGGUGGACUGAGGGCAGUCGUCUGGUCCGAUACACUUCAAGGAGGGUUGAUGUUCUUAUCCAUGAUGGCCGUGGUUUUCACCGGAACAUGGAAACUCGGCGGUUUCGGGCACGUUUUCAAAACGGCCUUCGAAGGAGACCGGAUAGAAUUUUUCAACAUGGAUCUAGAUCCGACGUUGCGAAUUUCAUUCUGGUCUACGACCAUCGGCUCGACGUUCUUAACUCUGAGCAUUGUAUCAAUCAAUCCGUCUACGAUCCAGCGUUUCAUUUCACUGCCCGACAUGAAACAAGCACAACGGUCCAUGUUUCUGUUUGUCUUAGGCAUAAUAACCCUGAAUUCUUUAAGCGGAUUGAUCGGUUUAAUUAUAUACGCUUAUUAUAAAGACUGCGAUCCUUAUGAGAACAAAGUGAUUCAACGUUCUGAUCAACUUCUGCCCUUGUUUGUAGUCGAGGUUGUUGGAAAUUUCAAAGGUUUGCCUGGGAUUUUUCUGGCCGGGGUGGUUUCCGCCGGCCUGAGCACUUUCUCAACCGGGCUCAACACUUUGGCCGGUUUGCUCAGCGAGGAUUUCAUACUGCCAUGGUUUAAACUGAAACAGGACGAAAAUGGCAGUCAAAUUUUGAAAAUAUUAGUUAUAAUUCUAGGCGCCGUUUCCCUUCUUUUUAUCCUUGUUAUUGAAAAAUUAGGCAGCAUUUUGGAAACUGCUAUCAGUUUCAGUGGAAUGACACCCGGAAUUAUUCUAGGACUUUUUAUCCUAGGGGCUUUCUUUCCUACAGCAAACACAAAGGGUGCAUCGUGUGGAGCUUUGGCCAGUUUGUCCCUCAUGGCUUGGAUACUCAUAGGAAGACAGUUGGCAAACGCUCGUGGGCUUAUGCACUACCCUAAACUGCCCGUAAGCACGGACGGAUGCCUUUUCAACACGACCGCCGAUUCACUUGCUAAGACCGGCAUUGACGAUUACGUCUUCCCUUUGUACAAAGUGUCGUUUUUCUACUACAGCCUUAUCGGUUGUACGGUCGUCCUUGUUGUCGGACUUGUCGUCACGUAUUUGACGGGACCGAAUCGAAUCGGGGAUGUGAGCCCGAAACUUCUCUCGCCGCUUAUUUACGGUUGUUUACCCGAUGACGUUAAAGAUAUAAGUGUAUAUUUGCAAAACAUCGAGAGACCGACAAACAACCAAUAAAAACAUUUUCAAGAAUUCUUAGUAAAUUUUUACU